ACUCAUAUUUCAGAAAACACUUUUAGCCUUUUAUGGUUUAAGUUCCAUAUAGUCUAUUUAGCCAAUUCAGUGUUUUCACCAUUCUCCUCCCUGGAGCUCCUCACACAUUACUGCAUAUUGUUACUACUGUAACACGGAUCUACUACUGACCCACUAACAUACCAUACACGAGAAACUGAAUAUUUCUAAAUAACUUAGUGAUACUUUUACUUCACUUUACUACUAUGAGUUAGCUAAUGAGCCACAGCCAGUAGCUAAAGCUAUUAUUAGGCCUGUACUUUCUCUCCUUUCCUACAGCAAAGACCAAACAAGUGAGUUUGUUUCGCGCGGUUGUGUCUGUCAACAGAGCCGGGCUAACUUUAACUAGCUGACUUGAGUUGACAGCUGGCAUUAGCUACGUGCCUGUCGACAUUUAAGCUACGUUAAUUAUAACGUCAAUUCAGUGGUGAUGGUAAACGCAAGGAAAGCCCCCAGAAAUGUUGGGAAGUACACGCCGACACAUAAGAGGCCUCAUCAUCCAGCCAGAACCAUCGUGACCCGCAGCCAGUGUGUAACCAGCCCCAGCUUCUUCCACAGGCUUCCGUCUGAGAUUUUUGACAUGAUCCUGGAUAAACUGUCUUUGCUUGAGAUCAGCGUGUUCAGCAUGGUGUCCAAAAAAAUUAAUAGACACAUUGUGGACUAUAUCUCCACCGUGGCCUGGAAAAAUAAAAUGGUCAUCCAGAGCUUUCACCACUCCAACUGCCUUGAACAGAGAUCCACUACUGGACACUACAGAGAGCUGGGUUUAUUGUUCAAGAGAUGCACUCUGCUGUUACCAACAAAGGAGAGGUUGAAGUUUAUGUUUAGCAAGUUUUCUCAGAUUCCCUGCUUCAUGUUGGAGCAGUGUCUAGCUCCAGACUGCUUCGGUUUUUCCUGCUAUGGUGUCUUCCUCCAGACACUAAUUGCAGGGUGGGAUGAGCUGGAGUGCCAAAGAGUGUUCAGCUUCCUGUGUAACAUCACAAACCUGCUGCAAAAAAUGGAGAUCGUGAUCACGGCAAAGCCAGGGGUGAGGUGGUACCAGGAGCUACAGCUCCGUGUUUUCUGCCGUCAGGUUCUGUUGGACCCAUGGUCAAACCAGCUGGAGUGUCAGUUCUGGCUAACACAACUCCUGAGGCCUUGGCCCAUGGUUAGCCAGGCACACUUACUGUUCAUCCUCUAUGGACCCCUGAUGCCUGAGGGCACUCUGGGCUGGCGGUAUGUGGUGGAGAGGUGGCUGCCUCACAGUGCUCUGUGGGACCUGGCCCGAGCCCUCCUACUGCUUUUUGGCAAACUGGAAGCCAAAGGCUGGACCAGUGACUCGAUACUAACAAUCCUGGAGGAGCUCUUUGUCAUUCCCCAGCCAUGGCACGUGGAGAAUGUGGCUCGUCUACUGGUGCUGUGUGGCAGCUCUCUCUGCUACACUUUUCUGGCCAGCAAGGCCCGGAACGGACGACUUUUCGAGAUCUCCAGACUCAUCGUCUACAUCAUACUGGUGUGCGAGAAGGAUGGCUAUCACAUGAGCUGGGCGGUUAAGUUGGUACAGCAGAUCUGCAAGAGCUUCACCACAGUUCAUGAAAAGUUCUACUUCAUCCAACAACUGGAGAACACGUUUUCAGAAAUCACCAGGGAGUUUGUUGAGGUUUCUGCAGCAGGGAACCAUCUCGAAGACAGGGAGACUUUCCAAACCCUGUGUAUCCUCCUGGACUCCAGUGCUCGCUUUCACACAAAAUUCCUCCAAAUGUUCCUCAAAUAGGAAUGAUGCAGGUUGCAGUGGCAACAUGUGGAAGAGAUUGGGAAGAAACCAACGCCAGUAAUCUAGGAGCGCAGCUAAAGACGUGAACGAGAGUGAAGGACAUUUACAACAAUAUUAAGACUUGAACAUAGACUGUGUUUUCAUGGUAGCUUUGAAAGUUAAGAGAGGAAGAAUUUGACUGACAGUUCACUAUAAAUAACACAGCAUGUGUUGGCUGAAAACAAACAGUUUGGCCAAACAGGAUGGCUAGUGAUAUACAUUUUAUAUUUUUCUCAAAGUUUAAAAUCUUGUUCUUAAACCAUCUUGGAUGUUACUUUUUAUAAACAGUAUUUAAUAUUUAUUGACAUUUACAGCAUUGACACACUAUUUAUUGACUUUGAAUUUCUAUGUAAAUAUAGUUGUGAUUUGAGUUAUUA